AUGAGUAGAGAUUUCCCCCAUUCAAGUGCUCCUCUUCGAGCUGUUAAAGAGGUGCAGUUUGGAUUAUUUUCACCUGAAGAAGUGAGAGCAAUUUCCGUGGCUAAGAUAGAAUAUCCUGAAACCAUUGAUCAAUCUACUAAGAAACCAAGAGAAGGUGGUUUAAACGAUCCAAGAUUAGGUUCUAUUGAUAGAAACUUCAAAUGUCAAACUUGUGGUGAAGAUAUGGCUGAAUGUCCAGGACAUUUUGGUCAUAUCGAAUUAGCUAAACCUGUAUUUCAUAUUGGGUUUAUUGCUAAGAUCAAAAAAGUUUGUGAAAGUGUUUGUAUGCAUUGUGGGAAAUUAUUAUUAGAUGAAUCAAAUCCUUUAAUGGCACAAGCUAUUAAAAUAAGAGAUCCUAAAAGAAGAUUUAAUGCCGUUUGGAGUGUCUGUAAAACUAAAAUGAUUUGUGAAGCCGACCCUGAAGACGUUGAAAAUGGUAGAGGAGGUUGUGGUCAUACACAACCAACUGUCCGUAGAGAUGGUUUAAAAUUAUGGGGUACUUGGAAACAAAAUAAAAUGGAAGAAGAACAACCUGAAAGAAGGUUAUUAAUGCCUUCAGAAAUUUUGAAUGUUUUCCGUCACAUAAACGCACAAGAUUGUUAUAGAUUAGGUUUUAGUGAAGAUUAUGCAAGACCAGAAUGGAUGUUAAUCACCGUUUUACCUGUUCCUCCACCACCAGUUAGACCAUCUAUUGCCUUUAAUGAUACUGCCAGAGGUGAAGAUGAUUUAACUUUCAAAUUGGCUGAUGUUCUCAAAGCUAAUAUUAAUGUUCAAAGGUUAGAGAUGGAUGGAUCUCCUCAACACGUUAUAAGUGAAUUUGAAGCCUUAUUACAAUUUCACGUUGCAACUUAUAUGGAUAAUGAUAUCGCUGGUCAACCUCAAGCUUUACAAAAAACUGGUAGACCAAUCAAAUCUAUCAGAGCUAGAUUGAAGGGUAAAGAAGGUAGAUUAAGAGGAAAUUUAAUGGGUAAAAGAGUUGAUUUUUCAGCUCGUACAGUUAUUUCUGGUGAUCCAAAUUUGGAUUUAGAUCAAGUUGGGGUUCCAAUUUCCAUUGCUAGAACUUUAUCAUAUCCUGAAGUUGUCACACCUUUCAACAUUCAAAGAUUAACUGAGUAUGUUAGAAAUGGUCCUAAUGAACAUCCAGGGGCAAAAUAUGUUAUUAGAGAUAAUGGUGAUAGAAUUGAUUUGAGAUAUAAUAAAAGAGCAGGAGACAUCGCUUUGCAAUAUGGUUGGAAAGUUGAACGUCAUUUAAUGGAUAAUGAUCCAGUUUUAUUUAAUCGUCAACCUUCCUUACAUAAAAUGUCUAUGAUGGCCCAUAAAGUUAAAGUUAUGCCUUAUUCAACUUUCAGAAUGAAUUUAUCUGUUACUUCUCCAUAUAAUGCCGAUUUCGAUGGUGAUGAAAUGAAUUUACAUGUUCCACAAUCACCCGAAACUAGAGCUGAAUUGUCACAAAUUUGUUUAGUUCCUUUACAAAUUGUUUCUCCUCAAUCUAAUAAACCAGUUAUGGGUAUUAUUCAAGAUACAUUGUGUGGUGUCCGUAAAAUGACUUUACGUGAUGUUUUCAUUGAAUAUGAUCAAGUUAUGAAUAUGGUUUAUUGGAUCCCUGAUUGGGAUGGAGUUAUCCCACCACCAGCUAUUAUCAAACCAAAACCUUUAUGGAGUGGUAAACAAUUGUUAUCAAUGACUAUUCCAAAAGGUAUUCAUUUACAAAGAUUAGAUAGUAAUUUAACUUGUCCAAAAGAUAAUGGUAUGUUAAUUGUUGAUGGUGAAGUCAUGUUUGGUAUAGUCGAUAAAAAGACUGUCGGUGCCACCGGUGGUGGUUUAAUCCAUACUGUCAUGAGAGAAAAAGGUCCAACGGUUUGUGCCAAAUUAUUCAGUGCUAUUCAAAAAGUGGUAAAUUACUGGUUAUUACAUAACGGGUUUUCCAUUGGUAUUGGGGAUACCAUUGGUGAUACUGAAACCAUGAAACAUGUUACCACCACUAUUGAAGAAGCCAAAGUCAAAGUCCAAGAAAUUAUUAUAAGUGCUCAACAAAAUAAAUUGGAACCUGAACCUGGUAUGACUUUGAGAGAAUCAUUUGAACAUAAUGUCUCAAGAGUUUUAAAUCAAGCCAGAGAUACUGCUGGUAGAUCAGCAGAAAUGAAUUUAAAAGAUUCAAAUAAUGUCAAACAGAUGGUUACUUCAGGUUCUAAGGGGUCAUUUAUUAAUAUUUCUCAAAUGUCCGCUUGUGUCGGUCAACAAAUUGUCGAAGGUAAACGUAUUCCAUUCGGUUUCAGUGAUCGUACUUUACCACAUUUCACUAAAGAUGAUUAUUCACCUGAAUCUAAAGGUUUCGUUGAAAAUUCUUAUUUGAGAGGUUUAACUCCUCAAGAAUUUUUCUUCCAUGCUAUGGCUGGUAGAGAAGGGUUAAUCGAUACUGCUGUUAAGACUGCCGAAACCGGUUAUAUUCAACGUCGUUUAGUUAAAGCUUUAGAAGAUGUUAUGGUUCAUUACGAUGGUACUACACGUAAUUCUUUGGGAGAUAUCGUUCAAUUUGUUUAUGGUGAAGAUGGUAUUGAUGGUACUCAAGUUGAAAGUCAAUCAAUUGACACCAUCCCAGGUUCAGAUUUCAAUUUCGACAAACGUUACAAGAUUGAUUUAUUAACUGAUGAUUUAUUGAUUGAAUCCAACCAAGAAAUUAAGGGUAAUAUCGAAUUACAAAAACUUCUUGAUGAAGAAUUUGCUCAAUUAACCAAAGACCGUAACUAUUUAAGAGAUAUUUGUUUCAUUAAUGGUGAUUCUUCAUGGCCUUUACCAGUCAAUUUACGUCGUAUCAUUCAAAAUGCUCAACAAAUUUUCCAUAGUGGUCGUCAAAAAGUAUCAGAUUUGAAAAUUGAAGAUAUUGUUGAAGGUGUCAGAGAUUUAUGUUCUAAAGUCACAGUUAUUAGAGGUGAAGGUAAAUUGGUUGAAGAAGCCCAAGAAAAUGCUACCUUAUUAUUCCAAUGUUUAGUAAGAUCAAGAUUAGCCUCUAAGAGAGUUAUUGAAGAAUUCAAAUUGAAUAAAAUGUCUUUUGAAUGGGUUGUAGGUGAAAUUGAUACUCAAUUCCAAAAAUCUAUUGUUCAUCCAGGUGAAAUGGUUGGGGUUAUUGCUGCCCAAUCCAUUGGAGAACCAGCUACUCAAAUGACUUUGAAUACUUUCCAUUAUGCGGGUGUUUCUUCAAAGAAUGUUACUUUAGGGGUUCCUCGUUUGAAAGAAAUUUUGAAUGUAGCUAAAAACAUUAAAACUCCUGCUUUAACUGUUUAUUUGGAUAAAGAACUUGCUUCUGAUAUUGAAAAGGCUAAAGUUGUUCAAUCAGCUAUUGAACAUACUACUUUAAAGAAUGUUACUUCAGCUACUGAAAUUUACUAUGAUCCUGAUCCAAGAACUACUACCAUUGAAGAAGAUUUUGAUACCGUGGAAGCUUAUUUUGCUAUUCCUGAUGAAAAAGUUGAAGAAUCUAUUGAAAAACAAUCUCCUUGGUUAUUACGUUUAGAAUUAGAUAGAGCUAAAAUGUUGGAUAAACAGUUAACUAUGUCUCAAGUUGCAGAAAAAAUUUCCCAAAACUUUGGUGAAGAUUUAUUCGUUAUUUGGUCCGAUGAUACAGCUGAUAAGUUGAUUAUUAGAUGUAGAGUUGUUCGUGAUCCAAAAACUUUAGAUGAAGAUGAUGCCGAAGAAGAUCAAAUCUUGAAGAGAAUUGAAGCUCAUAUGUUAGAAUCAAUUUCUUUAAGAGGUAUUCCAGGUAUUACCAGAGUGUUUAUGAUGCAACAUAAAUUAAAUAGACCUGAUGAAACCGGUGAAUAUAGACAAGAUCAAGAAUGGGUUUUGGAAACUGACGGUGUUAAUUUAUCAGAAGUUAUGACCAUUCCAGGGGUUGAUGCUGCCCGUACCUAUUCAAAUAAUUUCAUUGAAAUUUUAUCUGUUUUAGGUAUUGAAGCUACUAGAUCAGCUUUAUACAAGGAGAUCUUGAAUGUUAUUGCUUUCGAUGGUUCUUAUGUUAAUUAUAGACAUAUGGCAUUAUUAGUGGAUGUUAUGACAUCUAGAGGUCAUUUAAUGGCUAUUACUCGUCAUGGUAUUAACCGUGCCGAUACUGGUGCUUUAAUGAGAUGUUCUUUCGAAGAAACUGUUGAAAUUUUAUUAGAAGCUGGUUCAGCUGCUGAAUUAGAUGAUUGUAGAGGUAUUUCUGAAAAUGUUAUGUUAGGUCAAAUGGCACCAUUAGGUACCGGAGCUUUUGAUGUUAUGGUAGAUGAUAAAAUGUUACAAGGAUCACAACCUCAAGAAUUUAAUGAUGGUGGUGCUACUCCUUAUAGAGACAAUGAUGUUGAAGAUGAUGGCGUUCAAUUUGAAGAAGGUGCCGGUUUUUCACCAAUUCAUACAACGUCAAUGGUUGAUAAUGGUGGCUUAACAAGUUACGGAGGUGUUGGUUCACCAUCUCCAAGUUCACCAUUUAGUUAUGGUGCAACUUCUCCAGGUUAUGGAGGUACUUCCCCAACUUAUUCACCAACUUCCCCAACUUAUAGUCCAACUUCACCAAGUUACUCCCCAACUUCACCAAGUUAUUCACCAACUUCACCAAGCUACAGUCCUACAUCACCAUCAUAUUCCCCAACAUCACCAAGUUACAGUCCUACAUCACCUUCGUACUCACCUACAUCACCAUCAUAUUCACCAACUUCUCCAAGUUAUUCACCAACUUCCCCAAGUUACUCACCAACUUCACCAAGUUACUCACCAACCUCACCAUCAUAUUCCCCAACCUCACCAAGUUACUCACCUACAUCACCAAGUUAUUCUCCAACUUCUCCAAGUUACAGUCCAACUUCCCCAAGUUACAGUCCUACAUCACCAUCAUACUCCCCAACUUCCCCAUCAUACUCCCCAACUUCACCUAGUUACAGCCCAACUUCUCCAAGUUACAGCCCUACUAGUCCAAGUUAUUCCCCAACUAGUCCAAGCUACAGUCCAACUAGUCCAAGCUACUCACCAACAUCCCCAAGUUACUCUCCACACUCACCAUCUUAUUCCCCAAAAGAUGACGAAAAGAAAGAUGACUAA